AUGACACUCAGACUAAAUCUUGAGGGAAAUAAACAUGCCACAGUGAUCAGUGCUUACGCUCCAACCCUACUUGCAGAGGAUCAAACAAAAGAAUUAUUUUAUGCCGCUUUAGACACGGUUCUCACAGCUAUCCCAAAUGAAGACAAAGUAAUCCUUUUAGGUAACUUUAAUGCCAGAGUAGGACGAGACAGUGACAUCUGGAGAGGUACCAUUGGAAAAGAGGGUGUUGGCAAAAUUAAUGCAAAAGGAACACUCCUACUCUCGAAGUGUAUAGAACAUGAUCUGGUAGUAACUAAUACUCUUUUUAGGCAGAAAAAUAAACUUAAAACCACCUGGCAACAUCCAAGAUCUAAACAUUGGCAUCUCUUAGAUUACAUUAUAGUAAGAUCUCAUGAUCGAAAGGAUGUAUUACUUACAAGAUCAGUGACAGGAUCCGAAGACUGCUGGACUGACCACCGCCCGGUAUACUCUUGUAUUAGGAUGAAGAUAUUAACUAAAAAGAGAAACGCGCGUGCACUAAAGCGACUGAAGUUUAACGUUGAUUCAUUUAAGAACGACUCGAAUAAGCUUGAACUUCAGCGGUGUCUCACUAAUAAACUAGAACAGGAAUAUCCACCCAAUAUUGUUGAUCACUGGAGUAAAUUUAAGGAUUCCAUAAUCAUCGCAUGUAAAGAAUCAGUUGGUCUGAAGAAAUACGAACAUCAAGAUUGGUUUGAUCAGAAUGAUGCAGCUAUUCAAGAGCUUAUUCAAAAGGCCAGAAAAUAUCUGUUUGAACAUCUGAAUGAUGCAAAGUCUAAAACAAAGAAGAAAAUACACCGCACAGCAAAAGCUCAGAUACAAAAUGCCACAAGGGAAAUGAAAAAUAAGUGGUUGACAGACAAAGCAAAUGAGCUCCAUUCCUUCUUUGACAGAAAUGACAUGAGAAGCCUUUUCAGUGGAAUGAAAACUAUAUUUUGGCCAAGUUCCCAAGGGCUAGCACCCUUACGUAGUCAAGAGGGCACUCGACUCCUUAAAAACUAUAAUGAAAUCCUGUGUCAUUGGAAAGAACAUUUUGAAGAACUACUUAAUAGAGACCCUGUGAUAGACGAGGAUGUACUACAACAACUCCCUCGUCUCCCACUGGAUAUGAAACUUGCAGUGGUACCAACUCUAGAGGAAGUGGAGUUGGCUAUCUUCUCUAUGAAGAACAACAAAGCUGCGGGACCCGACAACAUUCCUGCCGAAAUAUAUAAAUAUGGAGGACCAACCUUACAUCGUCAAAUUCACCAACUAAUUGAAAAAAUAUGGAUGCAUGAGGAAAUUCCAAAUGACCUCAUAGAUGGAAUUAUCAACACAAUGUAUAAGAAAAAAGGGGACUGA